UUCCGUAGGCGCGGCCCGCUCGUACUCGACCGCCACACCUAUCAGAGCGUAAUACACUGCUGCGUGAGACAACUUUCAAUCUGCUCAAGCAACUGCAGUAAUUGAAAAGGCAAAGAGCAUGGAGCUACAAUGCAGCAGUGUCAGAAGUAUAUAGUACUGUGUGUUGUGCAAUUUGUGUUACGUGAAAGCUAUAACGACCCGAAAAAGACUACGUGUACCUAGUCUGGCCGCCAAUGACAAUUUUCUCUUUCGCUGUUAAUUGUUAUUGUGUUGGAAAUUGGAUUCCAGACACGAUACACGUCAGAAAUGGCAGAUGUGGUUGAAGCUGGAUCUCAAAAGUUGGAUACCAAGUUCACAGACUUGGAAUUGGAGCAUCCGGUGGAGGGAGACAUCACUAUACCGGGAGCAUCUGACGAUGACGUCGAGUUGUCAACGCUGGAUGAGCCAGUUAGAGUCACAGUUAUGAGAGACUUCAAAGCAGUUGGAGUGAAGUUAUUCCACGUUCUCUACCCAAAGCAGAGCAAAGUUCUCCUCAGAGAAUGGGAUCUCUGGGGUCCACUCGUGUUGUGUACGAUGUUUGCGAUGCUUCUCCAAGAUAACUCAAGUUCUACUGAAUCAGACAAGGACAAGACAGGUACAAGAAUCAAUGCCCAGUUCUCGGAGGUGUUUGCGCUUCUUUCGUUCGGUGCAGUCGUGGUGGCCCUCAACUCGAAACUUCUCGGCGGAGUCAUUUCCUUCUUCCAGAGUGUGUGCGUGCUGGGUUACUGCAUACUACCCUUAGUCAUCAGUCUCAUCAUCUGCCGGCUCAUCAUGCUCAGCGAGGACUCCACCUUGCUGUUCAUCAUCCGGCUGGUGCUCGUCUUCUGUGCUUUCAUCUGGUCAACUUUUGCAUCUUUGGCAUUCCUGGCAGACAGCCAACCACAGCACAGGAAGCUCCUGGCUGUCUAUCCCAUCUUUCUGUUCUACUUUGUGAUUGGCUGGAUGAUCAUCUCACGCAGCGCGGGCUGAGCCCGAGUCUGCCUCAAGCCAAUGGGAAAUUGCAUGCCAGAACUUGCAAUCUACAACUCGGCAACUAACUAGUCAGCCCCCCCAACUUGUGAGGUGUACGGUUAAUACCCAUUGAAGUACUCAGCAUCUGGGUAAAGAUGGCCAAUUUGUAACUUUUACUUUUUAUAAAGUAAAAAAUCCAUGUCUUCUUCAAACCCUCUGGAAAUGAGUAACUUGCAUAAUUUAAUCAAAAUAUAUUUUGGUUGUUGUCUGCUUUAUGAUUCAUAUGAAUAUAUUUUUAAUGACGCGCCCUUUAACAUUUUAUUUGUCCAAAUGCAUUUAUAGAGUCAUUAUGUGCAAUACUUAAUUCCAGACCAGCUUGAGUAGUUUAUGUGGUUGUAUUCUGAUUUCUUUAGGUAUAAUUUGCAGUUUGAUACAUUCUGCGAAAGAGCGUAUUGCAUUUAGGGUUAUCCAAGCUUCGUCAUUGUAACAUCGAUGUAGUUCAAGCCACAUUUUGUAAUUGUGCUUUGGUCCAGUUGUUUAUUUUGAAAGCAGAGCAUUCCAUAUUUGUUUCU